AUGAGAGUUUCAACAUUUGCCUCCUUGGCGACCUUACUCCUCGGUGCCACCGAGGGGUGUGCUAUCGCGGUCUCAUGCCGUUGCAUGCCAGGCGACAGCUGCUGGCCUACAGUCAAGGAAUGGAACACCUUCAACUCUACCGUCGGAGGCAACCUGAUCGCCACGGUGCCAAUUGGCUCUCCAUGCCAUGACCCCACCUACGAUGAGGCAGCGUGCACUGCUCUCCAGAGCAGUUGGACGAGCCCGAUGACCCAUCUCUAUCACCCAUCCUCGUUCAUGCAAAACUACUUCACCAACCGCAGCUGCGACCCGUUUACAGACCGCGCCACCCCUUGCCAGCUGGGCAACUACGUCAGCUUUGCCGUAGCAGUCCAGAACAAGAAUCACGUCGUUAGCACCGUCAAGUUUGCCCGUGAUCACAACAUCCGACUCGUCAUCAAGCACAGUGGCCAUGACUACUUCGGCCGCUCCACCGGUGCAGGUGGAUUGUCCAUCUUCACUCAAGGCCUCGGCGGGAUCUCCUUCUCCACCUUCAAGGACAAGUAUUACUCGGGCCGCUCCAUGACUAUUGGCGCCGGUGUUCUGGGCUACGAUAUUCUCAAGGCUGCCGAUGAGAACGACGCAGUUGUUGUGACCGGCGAGAGUGCCACUGUUGGUCUCGCUGGAGGCUAUACCCAAGGAGGUGGCCACUCGGCUCUGAGCACUGCCUUCGGCCUGGCAGCUGACCAAACUCUGUCCUUUGAGGUUGUUACCGCCAAGGGCGAGAUCGUCACUGCCUCCCGCACCAAGAAUGACGACCUCUACUGGGCGCUGAGCGGAGGUGGCGGUGGAAACUACGGAGUGGUGACAUCGAUGACUGUUCGAGCGCAUGAUAAUCUCAAGGUUGGAGGUGCAUCCUUCGUCCUCUACCCAACCCUUCUCCCAGCGGACCAGUAUAAGCAGGCUGUUGAGACUCUGUUCUCUUACCUGCCCAAGUUCGCCGACCAGGGUGUCAUGAUUGUCUUCGCCAUCCGAUCUCAAUAUCUGGCAGUCAGGAACUUCAUGAUCUACAACAGCACCGGUGAACGGGCCCAGGAAAUCCUCGCCCCCUUUGUGGCGGACUUGAAGGCGAUUGGCAUUACUGUCAACCCAACAUACAGCACUCUCUCCUACUACGACCACUACGCGACCUACAUGGGACCCAUCCCUGCCGGUAUUCUCCCAAUUGGCGACACCCAGGUUGGAGGCCAGCUUCUGCCCAAGACUGUUCUGGAGACAAACCCCAAGGCGUACGCUGAUACCAUCCUCGAGAUCGUUUCAGCCGGUGGUGGCGUCAUCCUGAGUGUCGCCGACUACAGCCCGCCUGAUGACAAGGUUUCCAACUCGGUCCUCCCCCAGUGGCGCACCUCGGUCGCACAGGUCAAUGUUCUGUCCACCUACGACCCCAAGGGAACCGUCGCGGCCAUGGAAGCGGCUCUGUCGACCAUCACCAACACGUACAUGCCCAAGCUCAAGGCCGCCGUCCCCGACUCCUACGCCUACGUGAACGAGGCCGACAUCCAAGAGGCCGACUGGCAAAAGGUCUUUUACGGAUCAAACUACGCCAAGCUCCAGGCCAUCAAGCUCAAGUACGAUUGUGAGGGUCUCUUCUACACCUACAAGGGUGUUGGCAGCGAGAAGUGGGCAACGUCAACCACCGGACGCUUGUGUGCCACCCGCUAA